ACUUGUUUUAUUAUGAGAUCAACCUGAAGCAAUCUUUGUAACAUUUAGAAGAGCAAUAUAUCGAAAUAUUUUGUUUAUUUAUUAUCUCUUUUUACGCGAUUUAUUAGAAAGUUCUCUACGUUGACAUGUUGGGAAAGAUUAAGACAAAACAAGAAAAAGGAGAAAUUAUUGCGUACAGUGAGACAGCUGUUAUGAACAAUGCUGCUGUUGUUGAAUAUUGUAGAAUAUCUAUGGCAGCGUUAUCAGGAGGUACAGCUGGAUUAUUAGGUUUAACUGGACUAUAUGGUUUUGGUUUUUAUAUCUUUGCAGUUUUUGGAUUAUGGGCGAUGUUACUUUUAAAAGCUGGAGGACAAUGGAAAAAAUACUUUAUUAGUAGAAGAAACCUUUUAACCAGUGGAUUUUUUGGAGGACUUUUUACAUACGUAUUAUUUUGGACUUUCCUAUAUGGUAUGGUUCAUGUCUACUGAAAAAAAGAUAUAUUAAAUAUACAUAUUUUAUAAUGAAAUAAUUGAAUAACAAUAUGAUAGAUCGUUAAAGAUAAUAUAUGUACAUAGCCAAGUUAGAAAUAUUGCUGAAAGCAUAACAAAGUAUUGCGUGAUAAAUUAUGAACUUUGGCACUUGUAUAAAACAAAUUUGUAAAGUAAUAACACUGAUUUUCUUUACAUUCCACAUUAAAGUAAUGAAAAGUUAAAAAAGUAGAGAGAGAAUUACAAUAAAAUGUAAUCAAAUAUUUAUUUACCCUGUAGUACACAUACAAUAAAUGAUCAUUAUUUUAUUGGGUUGGCAACUAAGUGAUUGUCGGAUUUCAAAUAAAAAGGAAACGACAAAAUCCGUAAUCACUUAGUUGCCAACCCAAUAUACGUAAAGCCAAUCCUUAAAUUCAGUUAAAGAUCAAAAGAUAUAUAUAUAUAUAUAAUUAUUCUACAUGUCCAAAGAUUAUAUUAAGUUUUAGAGUGAUUCGAAAAAUAGUCAAUUUUGAAAUUGUAAUAAAAAUGUUUUAUAAUAACAUUUUUUUCAAAAUAAAACCUUAUGCUUUUUCUUUAUUACUUAUAACGACAAUAGAAGAUAUUAAAAUUAUAAAUGAAAGCAGAAGGUGUUUUACUAUAGCGAUAAAAGAUAUAAUAAAAUUAGUUACUUAUGUACAUUAUAAAUUUUAUAACAAUGCCUAUAUAUUAGUAUAUAGAUAAACAAAUAUUUUGAAAAAUAUCUUCAUGAGAAAAUUUGAAAGUCUGUUUCAAAUUUUUGUCUCAGAAAUUUGUUGAUCGUCCGAUAUGAUUUCUUCCGGACAUUUCUCAGAUGUAUCUUUCAAUAAUGAACCUGUUUCAAAUUUUUGCAA